CGGAUAUCUAUUCACCAGGGGGCAUAAGAACUUAUUUAUAGAUAAGGAUAUAACCCUGUGAAUUCACCUUGUAAGAAAGGUAUUCAACAGUAUUAAAAUAUACAAUUAAUCAAUUGUUGUUAUAUUUUUAUUACUCACUCAUUCAUUAAUCCCAUACUCAAAAGUGAAAUAUCCGGUCGUAUAUUUUUCAUCUCAUACAUAAACAUAUUGUUAUCGUCCGAUAGUAUCACUUAGUUAAUUAAUUAUUUAUUCAUUUAUUCAUUUCAUAUCAUAUCAUUAAUUCAUAUACAUAAUGGGACUCAUUCACCAUAGAAAUUCAAUAUCAUCACUAGAAGAAAUUAAUCUAGAAUUUGCUGACCCCGGAACCAUAAAGAUUGAUUGUUCAGGUGCUUAUAUUGCCAAUGAUCAUCUCCUUAAACAAUCUAUAAUUCAAAAUAGAUCACAUCUGACAAAUAAUAAUGGACAACUAACUCCUGGCGAGUUAAGUUCUACUUCUUCAGAAGAAUCUAUAACGAGAACUCCAUCCCCUGAAUUACCAUCAGAAACAAGUACAAAUUUAUCAUCAUCAUCAGAUGAAGAAGAUCGAAAUAAAGAUAAUAAUGGCAGAAGUAAAAUAAGUCUCCCCCCUAAUUUAAAUAAAUCUACUGUGAGUAAGGUUUCCAAUAGUCAAAUUGCUGUCGAUGCUACUUCCAAUAUACAUGAACCUGUAAUUCUUGAUGAAGAAAUAGAUGAAGAAAUGGAAGAUAGUAAAGAUAUAACUAAAAAUAUUACAUUACCUCGUCAUAAUUCAGAAAUCAUUCAUAUAUCAGUAGAUAUUGGAGGAACUCUUACAAAAUUAAUUUAUUUUACUAAAUCUUCUUCAUCUUUAGGAGGUAGAUUACAUUUUAAAGAUUUCCAAACUGAAAAUUUCAAACAUGAAGUAUUAAAAUUUUUAAUUAAAUUAGUUCAAAAAUCAGUUUCUAAACAACAAAUUCAACCUCCAAUCACCUAUAUUAUGGCCACUGGUGGUGGAGCUCAUAAAUUCUAUCAAUUAAUGAAAAAAUCAUUCAAGAAAUAUGGAUUACCCAUGAAAAUCAUUGCUAAAGACGAAAUGGAAUGUCUUAUAAAAGGAUUGAAUUGGUUAAUUACAAAAAUCCCUAAUGAAAUCUUUACUUACGACUUGGAUGAAAAUAAUACCACAUUUAUUCCCAAUUCAUUACAAAAGGAAACCAUUUUCCCCUAUUUGCUAGUCAAUAUAGGUAGUGGUGUUUCUAUGAUUAAAGUUAUAGGACCAGGACCCGAUGAAUUUGAAAGAAUCGGAGGUUCAUCAUUAGGAGGAGGAACUCUUUGGGGUUUAUUAUCCUUAUUAACUGAUGCUAAAGAUUAUAAUGAAAUGUUGGAAAUGGCUGAACGAGGAAAUAAUGAAAAUGUAGAUUUAUUGGUGGGAGAUAUUUAUGGAUCAAAUUAUAAUAAAAUUGGUUUAAAGGCUACACAUAUUGCAUCAUCAUUUGCAAAAGUAUUUAAGAAAUUACGUUUCACUAAUAAGCAAUUAACUCCAGCCGAAAAAUUAUCACAAUUUAAACCUGAAGAUAUUGCAAGAUCAUUAUUAUAUUCUGUAUCUAAUAAUAUUGGACAAAUUGCUUAUCUUCAGGCUUGUCGAUUUAAUCUCAAACGUAUAUAUUUUGGAGGGUCCUUUAUUUCAGGACAUAAGCAAACUAUUCAUACGCUUAGUUAUGCCGUGAAUUUCUGGUCUAAAGGUGAAAUGAAAUCUUACUUUUUAAGACAUGAAGGUUACUUGGGUAGUGUAGGAGCCUUCAUGAUGGGUCCAAAUAGUGAGACUGUUAGAACUCAAGCUCAGUAGAGUAGAGUAGAGUAAAGUAAAGUAGAGUAGCCUGAUUGCGCAACUUAAUUAUUACACGACUCAUCUCAUCACUAUACCCAUAAAUACAUACAGAAAUAUAAUACAUAAUAUAUAUAUAAUAUAAUAUAAUAUAUAUAAUAUAACGAGGUAACCUAAGGAAGUAUCGAUUGUAACGUAGAAUUGCAUCGAUGCAACGUAACAUUACCAGCAUUUUACCGACAUUUCAUUAACACAAAGU